AUGGUGUCGGAGGCGCGAAAGCCGUGGUGGUGGAUACAAUGGUUCGCGGAUGAGGACACGCCUCAGGAGAGGAAGCUGAUCGUCAAGCUCGAUCUUCUCAUCGUGCCCUACGCAUUUCUCGCAUACUGGACGAAGUAUAUCGACCAAGCGAACCUGAACAACGCAUAUGUCUCUGGGAUGAAAGACGAGCUCGGCUUCGCGGGCAACGAGCUGGUCCAGUUACAGACCAUGUACACGGUCGGCGCGGUCGUGGGCCAGAUACCCUUCAUGUUCUUGUUUACCUUGUUCCCUAUGAACUGGAUCAUACCCUUUCUCGAUGUCUGCUGGGGCAUUUUCACAUUACUACAGUACCGCGCAAAUAGCUUCGCUGAGAUUGCGGCAUAUCGCUUUCUCGUCGGCUGGUUCGAGGCCGCUUUCUUUCCUGCAAUGCACUAUAUCUUCGGCGCGUGGUACAGAGGUGACGAGAUCGCUCGAAGAGGCGGCGUGUUUUACGUUGGACUCACGCUUGGGACGCUGACAGCCGGGCUGAUCCAAGCUGGCGCCUCUUCAUCUUUACACGGUAUCAAUGGCCUCUCAGGGUGGCGCUGGAUGUACAUUAUUUGCGCAAUUAUUACUAUCCCUAUAGGGAUUCUGGGAUAUUUUAUCCUGCCUGGGACGCCUGACAAGCCUAAUAAGUUAUUCCUGAAACAGUCGGAUAUCGAUCUGGCAGCACAGAGGCUCAAAAGAGCCGGGCACGCAACCACGGGCAAAUUUCAGUGGCGCGCGAUAAAACAGCUCGCUACGAAAUGGCAGUUCUGGGCCCUUGUCUGGCUUGAUAUAUUCUUCUGGAAUGGCAGUAUCAAUACAUCAACCGGCGGUUUCCUACUCUGGAUUAAGAGUCUGAACCGCUAUUCGACCCCGAAGGUCAACGAGCUCGGCACCAUCUCGCCCGCGUUGGGAAUAUUCUACACUCUUCUAAUAUGCUUCGCGUCCGACCUAUUCCUCGGUCCAGCGUGGGCCAUUACCGUGGCCCAUAUUUGGAACAUCAUCGGGCUGAUCAUCCUGGUUGUCUGGAAGGUUCCGGAGCCGGCACUAUGGUUUGCGUUCGCCACCACCUACUCUGCCGUGGCGAUGUCGAGCGUUUUGUAUGGCUGGGUCAACCACCAGCUACGAGGUUCUCCGGCCCAGCGCGCCUUUACGCUCGUGCUCAUCAAUGCCGUUUCUCAGUCAACUACGGCUUGGACGCCACUUCUGGUUUUCCCAACUGUCGAAGCACCCCGGUUCGCGAAGGGAUACUCGUUCGUUCUAGCGAAUGCCGUCUGCCUUAUCGCGCUGGCGCAUGUCAUACGUGUUCUCCUUGAGCGAAAAGAAUCGAGCACACGCCCUGGUGAGACCGAGGCCGAGACUUCCGAUACCGAAGGGGUGGUCGCCAGUACGGAUGGGGCGAAGGCCGAUGCCGUCUAA